UUUUGUCCCUAAAUCCACUUGGGUUCCCUAUCCUAAAAUAUCCCUUUUCAAUAGAGUUCGAGAAUCUACGGUUAUGAGUUUUGGAUGAUAUUGUGUUGGUGAACGCUCGGGUCAAAUCAUGGGGGUCAUGCAGAAUGCUUUGUGCAAAUAUUUUUGAAGUGGUAUAUUACAUGGUUUGGAGAAGGGGUCCCUACCAUUUUAUUUCACUCUUCUUUAGUUUAAGGAGGCACAAUACUAGGUUAGUGCCCAUCCAUUACCUCCUUCAGCUACACUAAAUAGCAUUUCAACCAAAGAGCUUCGCGAGUAGCAGCAUUUGUUAGUAAUUUCGAUGCAUCAUCGUUGACUGGUGGUUGUGAUUGCAAGGGCGAUAAUAGUAGUAGUAAAAUCACCACACCAAUAUCUGCGUGUGUAGUGCGCACGUUCCUCAAUUAUGUGGCGCUUGUGUGAAUGAAUGAAUAGCAUGGUAGGAGUAGGACCUACCAUCUCAAAAGUUAAAAAAGGAUGAGGUACAAAUGCAGUUGAAAUGGAGGAUUGGGGAGGGUUGCUGGCUGGAUUGUGAGAUGAAUACAGGGAAGUCGCUCCUUGCUCACUCACGGUCCCUCCUUGUUUAUCGAGGUGGGAUGAAGGUAGAGAGAUUGAAAUGGGGAAGGAGAGGAGGAGGUGUGGCAGUGCGCAUGCAGCAGCAGCAGCAGAAGCCCUCCACCUACUGUUCAAGUCUGGCCACUGAUCUCCCCCUUUAUGAGUCUCCCCUGGCUCCAUUUGAAGAGUAUCUGGAGCAGCGAGAAAGAGUGUUUGAAGCCAUAUUCCCUGACAAGAGAAGGAGCCUUAGGCUCAACCACGAAGAGUGGAGGAUACAGAUGCUGCCGAUCCAUUUUGUAUUUUUAACAGCAAACCCAGUGGUGGACAUGAGGCUCAAAUGUGAGACUGAUGCCAACAGAUACCCCCCAGGAGUCCCCUCCACCAUCCCCAAGGUCUUGACACUCGAAGCCAUGAGAUGGGAGCUGCGAGGUCUUGACUAUGUGCUGAAACCCGAUGAUUUCACACUUGGGGUAAGGGGAGCCCUCUAUUCAGAAAAGCAGCAGGAAAAUAUGAAUAUGAAAUGCAGUGGUACCAGUAGUAGACUGAAAGGGCAGUUGGAGAUCAGCAUUAGCUUCAUUCUUCCUCCUGUCCUCGCUCUCAUCCCUGAGGAUGUUCGCAGCGGUGUGGCCGACGCGGUGUUGAAGAGACUGUUGAUGAGCACCAAGGAUCGAGUGAACGGAUGCCUGCUCUCUGAUUUCAGGGACUUCACGAGGGAUCGCCUCCACCAACAUCAAUUGCAAUGGCAACAACGAUGAAGCCACAGCCUCGGCCUCCUUAUCCAAACCAAUACCACACACUGAAUCCAUCAACGCCUUCGCCUUGCCUUGCCUACUUCCUUCCUUUUAUUAUCUCAAUAUUGCACAUUCUUAUUCGUAAUGCCAUUCAUGACCUUGGCGAUC